GUAAAAUUGAGUUCUGCCAUAUGUUUACGUAAAGGAUAAAAAUGGUAAAGUUUGUUAUGAGUUUUUUAUUUUCUUUCAAAUCGUUCCCUGAAAAUGGUGUUCAAUUUUAUCCUCAUUUAUCAGAGAAAACAGAAGAUGAUACAGAAGAACUAUAUUUGCGAUUUAAAGCUCAUCCAGAUCGAAAGAAUAUUUGUAAUAUCACUUACAUAAUACCAGGUCCUAGAGAAUUGGUAGAAAAGAAGAUAUCAGUUGCUUGUUGGUCACCAAUGCUUAAGGUUUACAAUAGGAAAGAAGACUAUCAUUUCCAAACCGAAUGCACUGGCGAUAAAACUUGGGCUGCCUUUUCGGUAAGGCAAACUUUGGACAACAUCAAACUUGAACAGUUCAAAAACAUUUUUCCAAAAUCUCUUGAAUUUUAUUUUAAUGAAGACCAGAAAUCUGUACAAAGAUUUAGAAACGACCCGUAUGGAGCAUACUUCAGUCCCAAAAUUCCUAAGGAAAAUCGUUUUGGGCCAGUAUUUUAUCUUAAAGAUUUAACUAAACAGCCCGCAAGAGUGAAACCGGAGUACGGAACUAUUCAACAAAACAAUAGAAAAAAAGAAGUUUCUGUUAGCAGGAAACAGCCGGAGACUACAACGAGAAUCAAAACAUCCGAUCCAGAUAUAUGUAGAACGGUUGCGGCGGCGCAUCUCCAUAAAAUCCUUAAAAUAUUGAGAACUAAAAAAGACACCAAUCCACCCAUGACUCCGAGAAGCCCAUCAAACUGCGCUAUGUUCUUACCAGUUGCGAAAUUGUUUUAUGAUAAGUCUGUAUGGGUACUCAAAAACGAUAGGCCUAUGACAAGGAAUGUUCAAGACGUUUAUGUUUUUGUAACUGUUUAUUCCUUCCUCGAUGAAGAAGCCAGAAAAAUCAUUAAUCCGAUCAGCAUAUAUCUACAAUCGUUACAAUACCUACCUUUGAAGGAAUUACAAGCAAAAGGGAUAAGCAAAGUAUUUGUGGAAUAUGAACUUGAUCCAAUUAUUCCUAAAACAAGAACGAAAGUAUUAUAUGUAAGGCAGCGCAGCAUAAUCCCCUUCAAAGAUCUUCACGUGUUUUUCACCGAACAAUUUAGUCCUUUAUCGAUUAUGAGCUGUUUUCAAACGAAAAAGUUAUACGUGAGAGUAAUAGGGAUCAAAGAUAGCCUUUCACAGGAAAAAGAUGAUAAAGUAGUGGUAUACGGUGAAGAUCUCAACGAUGAUCGGCUUUCGUCAUGCAUCAAAACACCUUUUACCAUCCUUCAACACCAACGAGUUGUCAGAUCGCCUGUCCCGAAAUCUAAAUCAACCCGUGCACGAUCUACUAAGCGCCGAAGUUCAGCCUCAAGAAGUGUAAGGAAUAAAAUGAGAAAAAAAUUUGAACAAUUGGUUUUAUUUCAGAGCAAGGCUUAUCAUGCCCUUAUCGGAACUGCAAGAAUCGAUUUAUCACCUUUGGUAUUUGGAAACAGUUCGGUCAUCGCUUAUGAAGAAUUAUCUUCCCUGCCUGUAUUAAUUAAUAACCCCCGAACUGUAGACUUUGAGCGUUUAAGUAUCACACUUGUUCAUGAGGAUCUAUGUAAAUACGAGAAUGGCGUAUUUAAUAACAGAUCAUUAUAUGAAAAUAAUACCAUGAUUAAGUUGACAGCAAAAUGUGCAUUUUUACUGACACCUCAGCUGGUUAAUACAGAUCCAUGCAUAAAUUAUGCAUUCAGUCGUGUCAUCACUAUAUUAGUGGACAAAGAAUUCGCAACAGAAACAUUACAGGCAAUAUUCAUGUACAACAGGGAAUCAUUGGAUAUGCGGGGUUAUAGCUUGCCAUUAGUCCCAUUUCGAAAAAUGUAUAAGCCAAACCAACCUCCGGUCUUGAAGUCUAUUUUCACAUUUCAACCCGAUAACUCGAUUAUAUCUGAUGAGGAAGAUUCCUACGAUCCGAUAGACACUACCACUCAAGACGCCUACUUUACUGGUUUCUGCAUAGACUGUGUGAAUCAAGUGCUUAUGUAUGUUGAAGGUCCGACAAUUAGCACUUUUCCAACACUUCUAACAGAACUUGUAAAAUUUAAUACAAGCCAAGGAAGAAUUCUUUACAGCAGUGACUUGAUUUAUGAAACUAGAAUUUAUGAUGUUUUCAAAAAAUAUGGAGGCUUAUACUGCAUUACAAUGAAAAGCACCAUUGACAAUUUUCUCAACAAAGGGAGUUCUUUAUGCUAUGGCGUUUCAGUUCCAGAACCUGCUUGGAAAGCUUUAAAAAUGAUUUCAAAAUUAUCAAGUACUAAAAGUGUCCUCGAAGCAGUGCAAGAAAAUUACUUACCCCGUCCUGAACAGUUAAUAAGUUUUGAUAUUGAAUUUGGAACACCGCAUUGUAUUGUAAAAUAA